AUGAGAUCUCGUUAUUCUCAUUCAUUUUAUAAUAUUGAAUCAGAAGCAGAUACCAAUUUAUUAGGAUCUUAUCGUUGUCAAAAUCCAAGAUGUAUAACAUGCAAGCAUAUUAUUGAACAACAUUGGCUUAUGUCCACAGUUCAAAAUCCAAUGUUUAUUAAUCCUUAUUCAGUUAAUUGUGGUACUUCAAAUCUAGGCUAUUUAGCUACACGUACACUGUCAUUCUCAAUAUGUUGA